AAAACACUUUUCAUCUCUCCAUCGUCGCCCUCUGUCUCUCUCUCGUCUCAGAAUCCUUCUCAAUCAUUCGUCAACAGACAACAGAGUCGAAAAGAAUGGAUGAGAAGGAUGCGAAUGAAUUAACAGCAAGCCCUAAGACGACGCAAGAGCUAGCAAUGGAAGGCCAGAAGCAUUUGGAAGAAACUAUCGAGGCAGCUUUCCAGAUCCUCUCCUCCAUGAACGACGAGCUCUGCAACCCCACCUUGUGGUCCACCACCGGCACCGCCUCCUCUAACACUGCAAGUGGCCCUUCUUUCCACUCAAACGGCGUCAAUAACGGCGAUUCGUCUUCUUCUGAAAACACUUCUUCCCAUCAGCAUGGAGACUUAGUUGGCGCUGGUGGUCCUGGCACCGGAGGAGCUCUUGAGGAGGCUCGAUUUCGGUAUAAGAACUCUGUGGGCUUGCUUCGUGCCGUUCUCGCUGCAAUUCCCAACUCUCAGAAGGCAACAUCCAAAACCAGUUCAACUGCUGUCGGUGCAGAAUCAACGGCAGAUCAAGCUGAAAUUGACAAGUUGGAUGAGCGAGCCUCCAAUUUGAGAAAGGAGCUUACGAACAAGAAUGUGUACAUCAAAUUUCUUAUAGAUCAACUACGGGAUCUUAUCACUGACAUAUCAACGUGGCAAAGUCCUUGUUCCGUCUGAUUUCAGAAACAAUCUUCCUGCAGGUGAUGCUGCUUUUGUAUUAAGUUUGCACAAUCAGUGAAACCUUAAUAUCCUUUGAUUGUGUACGUUUUCCAAUCAGUUCAGCGAGGGGUUUAUUAUGUUUCAAUGUCUGAUUUGAAAGAUGUAUGGAGAAACAUCAGUUUUCCAA